AUGUUACACAUUUUGGAUGGGGGUGUCGGCGGCGUUUACUGUACGCUGAACGGGAGACAGCUCUUCAGUCGCGGUAAAGCUGCGUGUAGAUUCAAAUUAAAUGUGGAAUUUUCGCUAAAUCGCAUAAUGUACAACAGGGAAGUCAAAGGACGUGAUGUCCGGGAGCUCGGCAUGAUGUAUCUAGAGCGGUUGAGAUUGAUACAUGUCAACACUCUAAAUCGUCAUACGCUCACCAGGGUAUCUGCCGUGGAGAUGGUAGACGCCCUCAAACAGUUGGCGGAGCUGUUAAUUUGGGGAGCGAAGAGCGACUUCGAUGGGUUGUUCGAAUACUUCUGUGAAGAAAAUAUAAUGGAAUUCCUUACGAUAGAACUGCCAUGUACACCAGUGAGAAUAGUUCGGAUACAGUUGCUACAAACGAUGUCAAUGCUCAUCCACAAUGUAGAAAACGAAAGGAUGCGCUACUAUAUGCUCUCCAACAACUAUAUGAAUGCGCUCAUCACGCACCAUAAUAUGUAUACCGGGGGGGAUGUCAGCAGCUGGACCGUUUCCCUGCUUAAAACGUUGAGCGGGGUAGUCAACUCCACCACCAUUAAGUUCUUUUAUCAAGAGGGAAAUACAUCAUUCCCACUGUUAGAGGAGGCACUCAGGUUCCUCUCAAGCAGUGACAGUAUGAAAAGGGCACAUGUCAUGAACAUCGCUCUGAACAUUCUAAGAUUGAAUGAUCCAUCCGUGACGCAAUACGUUGUCCGCAAGUCGCGCAUACUGACACAGCUAACACUAUAUCUGCGAUAUAGCUGGAGAAGGCUUAACAGAAAUAUCAAAAAUGUAAAUAUGGAAUCGAUAGGACAGGCAGAGUCAAUUCUAUUGACACAAUGUGACGAUGUAUUCCAGUUUCUAAUGGAUAUAAUGGAUUUGGGUAUACAAGAAAUCAAUGAGGUAUUACUUCAACGCCUCUUCACCUUAUGUUUCUUCCCGCUCAUAGGGUCGAUAUUGCGUAACCUCGACACUGACGCGUCUCUUAUCGACGCAAUAGAUGUGCCUGCUGUGCCACAAUGCAGUUUUUAUCGCUCCACGUAUCAGAAAUUAAUGAUACAGAACGGGCUAGUUGGUAUAUACGCAAGUUACAAAAGCGAGUUGUUUGGUGGUAAUCAUUCACCCACUGACUUGGAAGAAGACCAUACAAGGACUCUCGGAGCGUCGAACGCUAAAGAUGACAAAGACUCACCAACUGCGUCACCCACACCUACGCCGAGGUCCAUCGCAGAGUUUCAAAAUCUCAACAUACCAGCGACAAUACUAGCAAACGAGUUGCUUCCUACAGUCUCCUACUAUCUGCUCGUAAUGCAUCUAUCCUCAGUAAGAAGGGAAGAUGUAAGGAGAUAUAUUCUACUGCUGACCCACUGCCCAUUUGCGCCACGCAAUAUAUUGGAAGAGAUACGUCAACUCACACCCUUAAGACAGCUUUCAUACAAUUCAGCUGUGACAGAUGAUUCGGGUGAUGAGAAUGCUGGUGAUGGAGAAGUGGAUGCUACAACAGCAUCGGUAUUUGAUUCUAUGAAGGCCUGGGAGCGACACGUUUUCGGUCAAAAUUCGUUCCAAAGGGAACUAAGCUGCAAUUCCGAUUGUGAUGCAGGGGGAACUCAAGUGGAAUAUGUGCUCAAUCUGGUAAUGGGCGAGUUCUUGAAAGUCGCUAUAUGUGAUCUUCCACGAUGUGAUAGCAGAAUCUCAAUGUUGUUGGCUAUGGUACACAGCCUUCAGAAUUCCUUCAUGAAACUCGCACCGAACCCCGAGUCCGCGGAUGACUUCCCAUUUGAACAAUUUAUGGCGGUACCCAUAACUACAAAUGGACUCCACGUGGUUUCACAGGUGUUGAAUGCGGUAGCGCGGCAACUCUCCUCGCCAACACUACGUAUACAGGCUCUGAAUCUGGCACUGUGUAUCAUACGAAACAGCGCUGAUAUAGUGCGACGAUAUGAUCCACGGGAGUUACAUUCAUUUCUGGAAGAGGUCAAGUUCCACUUGGAAGUUGCGUAUAACAACCUCACCAUGCUGAUAAACAGCGAAUUGGAGCAAUGUGCCCCUCAUCACGUUGUAAUAUUUUACGACGAGUGGUUGAGGAUGGAAGCUGUGCCUAGCAGGCGCGUAGACAUACUCGAGUACCCACAGCUUCUACUAGGUCCAGAAAAAUAUGACCCUUUUUUGCGCCAAACUACUCACAAUGAUCUACCCAGGUCACAAAGUGCCGUGUCAGUAAAAGGCGAUGUGGGUGAUCACUCACAGACGCCGUCAACGACCGAUAAUGUCGAGGUAAAAACUGACGUCGAUGAGACAUUGAUGAAUGCUGGAAUCACAAAUCGCACUCCCAUGGGUCUUUGGCUAUUUGGUAAUCAUGGCCCAUCAAGCUCAACGGUUGACACCGGAGAGCCUCCCCUAGACGAAAAAAUCGCAACGGUCCAGCAGCAGAAAUCCACAUCGCGUACGGACGACUCUUGGGGAGUACUGCUGGAACGGAUGACGUUAUUCCGUCGUCAUAUACAGGCAGCCUUACUGGUUAGGAGUGUACUGCAAGAACUUGAAUCGUGGGAUCUGAUGGUUGACAGUAUUACGGUACCACGAAAAGCACGACUAGACAUAGGGUUCAACCAAUGCCCGCUUUUACAGGAUCAACAACUUGCAAUCAAUGGCACGCCGAUCGUUCUAGGAGCGCACUUCACGCUCGAGAAUGUCCACAAAUACCCGUGCAUUAUGAUAGUUAACUCUGAGAGGAAAAGGCGGUACGUUGUUUGCAGCGAUGCUUUCUUCCUGUUAAUGCGUCGAACGCAAGAACCCGGAACAUUCGAAACGACGUAA